CUCGACCCCCAUGGCCGGCAACCUGGGGGCGCCCUCGGCCGCCGGCGUGGCGCCCCGGCCGGAGGAGGGGAAGGCCCGGGCCGGGCGGCCGGGCGCGCGGCUCUGGGAGGACACGGAGCCCCCGGCGAAGAAGCUGAGGAGCGGCGAGGACGGCGCGCCGCCCCGGAAGCUGCCCAAGAGGAAGAUCGUGCUGCUGCUGGCCUAUUCGGGGAAGGGCUACCAUGGCAUGCAGAGGAACGUGGGGUCCUCUCAGUUCAAGACCAUCGAAGAUGACCUGGUGUCCGCCCUCGUCCGCUCGGGUUGCAUCCCCGAGAACCACGGUGAAGACAUGAGGAAGAUGUCCUUCCAGCGCUGCGCCCGCACGGACAAGGGUGUGUCUGCCGCUGGCCAGGUCGUGUCACUGAAGGUGUGGCUGAUUGAUGACAUCUUGGAGAAGAUCAACAGCCACCUGCCAUCCCACAUUCGGAUUUUGGGGCUGAAGAGGGUCACAGGCGGCUUCAACUCCAAGAACAAGUGUGACGCCAGGACGUACUUCUACAUGCUGCCCACCUUCGCCUUUGCCCACAAGGACCGGGACCCCCAGGACGAGAGCUACCGGCUGAGCGCCGAGACCCUGCAGCGGGUGAACAGGCUGCUGGCCUGCUACCAGGGCACCCACAGCUUCCACAACUUCACCUCGCAGAAGGGCCCGCGGGAGCCCAGCGCGCGGCGCUACAUCCUGCAGAUGUACUGCGAGGAGCCCUUCGUGCGCGAGGGCCUGGAGUUCGCGGUGAUCAGGGUGAAGGGCCAGAGCUUCAUGAUGCACCAGAUCCGCAAGAUGGUGGGCCUGGUGGUGGCCAUCGUGAAGGGCUACGCCCCGGAGAGCGUGCUGGAGCGCAGCUGGGGGCAGGAGAAGGUGGACGUGCCCAAGGCGCCGGGGCUGGGCCUGGUCCUGGAGCGCGUGCACUUCGAGAAGUACAACCAGCGCUUCGGCAACGACGGCCUGCACGAGCCUCUGGACUGGGCGCAGGAGGAGGCCAAGGUGGCGGCCUUCAAGGAGCAGCACAUCUUCCCCACCAUCGUGAGCACCGAGCGCGGGGAGCGCUCCAUGGCCCAGUGGCUGAGCACGCUGCCCGCCCACGACUUCAGCGCCUCCGCCCUCGCCAGCUCGGGUGCCAAGGUCCCCAGCCCCCUGGAAGGCAGUGAGGGGGACGGAGACAGUGACUGAGGCCGCGGAGCCACCGGCCGCACGUGUCCAGAAGCUGGGGCUGCCACGUCUCGCCGGCCGCGUGAGGGCUGCGGACACACGGGCCUGCCCCGGCCACGGCCUGGCCUCUCACCUCAGGGCCCCAGAUUCUCAUACGGGAACCCUGGCCUCGCCUGUCAGCUCAGCAUGUGAAGACGCUAUUUUUUUAAGGAAGUGGUUUUCUUAAAUACGCGAUUUGCUCACUGAGUCCUGCCUCUUCUUUGGUGGGGUGAGUGGAGCACUGCUGUGUUAGGAACAGGCCCUGCCACCCCCACACACGUUUCCGGGGGUUCUCCUGGAGCUGGAGCCCUCACCCUGACCGGCGUCUGGGGAACUCUCUGCCCUCCUUGCCCCUGCCAAGGACCCGUCCCCCCUCCUGAAGAGGAGCUGGCCUGGGCAGGGAGGCCACUGGGAGCCACGGUCAGGGUCUUGGUAGCCAGCCCCUCUCCCAGCCGUGACCCACUUUGAUAGAGAAGCAGUUCUCUGGGAGCCAGGGAGCCCACGCCCCCUUGGCUGCCCCGUGCUGCGCCCUGUGCUGACGAGCAGCCGGCCCAGCGAGGGGAAGAGCGGCCAGCAGCACUGGGUGAGCAGGGUGGCCUGCAGGACCUGGCUGGACCGGCCUCGAGGAGUGACCCGCGGGGACCCCUGCCUGCAGCUGGAGGACGGCCCAGGGAGUGGGAUUUGGGUCAGGAAGCCACCACUGCCCGUGUCCCUGAGCUGCUGGCCGGCCUUGCCGAGUUUCUCGGCCAUGGGUGCUGCACACUGGAGUCCUGCUCCGGUGUGCGGCCGAAGCUUUGUGACGUCACCACACGGGGUAGAGUUAGGCACCAAGGCAGCUCAGGGGAGGGAGAAAACCCGUUUGAAACAUGGAGCCAGGGUACGUCCAGGUGGGUUGUAAGCCCGAGUCUGAAGGCCCAGGUCACUCUGUCCAAUGAGAGGGACAGAGCGAGAGCCGAGGCCGGGAGCCGUGUGGGUGGCAAGGUC